GCCCCGCUGUCGCAGGCGAGGCCCCAUGAGUGCGGCUCCUCUGGUGGUCUACAGCAGCAGCGGUUCUGAGGAUGAGGCCGAGGCCGGGGCUCAGGCCCUGCCCGGGGCUGGACGCCGCCCUCCUGGCCGGAGCCCCCCUCCCAGCCAGAGGUUGCCAGUGCCGGACAGUGUGCUGCACAUGUUCCCAGGCGCCGAAGAGAAGCCUGAAGAAGACAGUGCAAAACAUGGGGGCCGGGUGCGCACCUUUCCCCAUGAGCGGGGCAACUGGGCCACCCACGUCUACGUACCAUAUGAAGCCAGGGAGGAGUUCCUGGACCUGCUUGACGAGUUGCUGCCCCACGCCCAGACAUACGUCCCCCAGCUGGUAAGGAUGGAGACCUUUCACCUCAGUCUGUCCCAGAGUGUGGUUCUGCGUCAUCACUGGAUCCUUCCCUUCAUUCAGGCUCUGAAAGACCGCAUGGCCUCCCGCCAGAGAUUCUGCUUUACUGCUGACCGGGUAAAGAUUUAUACCAAUGAAGAGAAAACCAGGACCUUUGUGGGGCUCGAGGUCACCUCCAGGCACGCCCAGUUCCUGGACCUGGUUUCAGAGGUAGACAGAGUCAUGGAGGAAUUUGACCUCACCACUUUCUACCAGGACCCCUCAUUCCACAUCAGCCUGGCCUGGUGUGUGGGUGAUGCACGUCACCAGCUGGAAGGGCAGUGCCUGAGGGAGCUACAGGAAAUUGUGGACGAGUUUGAAGACUCUGAGAGGCUGCUACGCAUGCAUGCUGAGCAGGUCCGCUGCAAGUCUGGGAACAAGUUCUUCUCGAUGCCUUUGAAGUGAGCGCCAGAGGCCCUCCUUGUCCCAGGCCCCACUGCAGGCCAGGCAGAGAUGGAGGAGCCUGCUCAAACCGUCCUGGGGGCCUGGUGGUCCCUGGGAGCUGGGUCUCUCCUGGCUCUUUUGGGUUGCUGGUCCAGUGCCGCCGUGUCAUGGUCAUUCCCAAAAAUCACCAAUAGAGGGCAGACUGGGCUCCCUAGUUCUAGGUCUGUGGUUCUUAUGCAAAAAAAUAAAUAAAUAAAAAUGGGGUCACCCAGUGAGCCCACCCAUAUUCAGCCAGAAUUCCCACUGUAGUCCCGCCAACAAACAGUCCCUCGUGGCACUCUCCCCACGCCUCCUUCAGCUGUUUGCACUGUGAUGCCAUUGGCCUCAGACCAGCAUUUCCAAACCUGGCUCAUCCCUGCUCAGGCCAGGACAUAGGGUCCUUCAAUGGGUCUGUCACUCUCCCUUUUCACACUUGUUGCUUUUAUUUAUUUCUAGUCUCACCCCUUCCUAUGCCAGCAGAGGCCAUUUUAGGGCCAAGGAUCAGGGUGCUAAUUUGAGGUUCAGCAUCAGUUUUUUCCAUUCCUUUCUCCCACUCGUCCCCAGCCAGGUGCCUGGGGAGACUUGAGCAGAUGUUUCAUUUUGGCCUCACUGGUGGAUUUCAGCCAGGCCUCCAAUGCUCUGUAACCUCCGGUUUCCCAUCAACUUUCCCAAAGAGGCAGAGAGGUGCCUUCCCCCAGCCAGGGUUCACUCUGCGGCCUCCAGCUGCCUGAUGCGGCCUGCAGCCUGCCAAGGGGAUGCGGGCGGAGCCCAGAGCUUGCACAGGGUUUUUCUUCUUCGGCCCUCACAGGAGCAAAGGACCAGUCCUUUCCACUUGCCAUCUGGAUUUCUGGUGAUGGAUGAAGAGAGA